GGAUGUAGGAGCGUCGCGCUUAGUCUGACCAAAAUAUUGGAGGCUUUUGUCGAGCGUGUGCGCGCAACUUUGGUCUGAGAUUGCGUUUCAGCUGUGUUUUAUUGAGGUGUGAUCGACUGCUGGCUGGCGUGGUAAUCAGUGCUACUCGUAGAUAGGCAGGGUGGCACUCGCUGCACAACGCACAGUUGCAAUAGGGACAAGGAAGUAGUAGUGGAGCUGUCAGCAGACUGAACGGAGAGGCAGAGUGGUCGGUGGCAACGGGCGAACUUGUGCUGACAGAAGUGCAGCAAGUUGAACCGAAUGAUUUGAUAGGGUAGACAGCUGCAUAGCGAAUCGUGAACACACAGAGUGGCGUUCUGGAUCCUCGUGAUCCACUGGAGUGAGGUGACCGUGAUGAGGGUGUGAUCAGUGCGUUAUACCUCAGAGUUGAUCUGGGUCAGGUCAGAGACCAACGAUGUUUUCCCGGCUGGACCGUUUCAUGAAGAGGCACCGGCCCUUCUCCAGGGGUGGACGUCUUAGGAGAACCGCGAGCAUGGCUGAAUUCUCCUCGGCAAGGAACAGAACUGCCUCAGACACUACCGGACUCAGUGGGCUGCGGAGCCGCGACUGGGGCGCCGCCCAGCGGACGUCGGCCGAACCACACUGGCUCAGCCUGGAGGGCCUGAACCUGGAGAUAGCCGAGGAGCUGGAGGAUGAGAUGACGUCACAGCCAGCCACCAGCCGCCAGCAGCUGCUGGAGGAGGUGCUCCAGACCAAGGAGCUGCUGCAGAACAAGCAGCGACACAAAAACAGCGGGGGCUGGACCAUGACCACGGCUGAGGUACUGAACGCCGCUGAUCGAGAGGAACGCCAGGUGCAGAUGGAGGCCUACCGACAGCAGGUGCAGCUGCGACAGCGAAAAAUGUCCGCCGCACUCAAGGCCCAGUCCCCCGUAGGAAAGACUCUGAGUGAGGCAGCCACGUGCGACCUCAGCACGGACGAACGGCGUGAGCUGGAGCAGCGCCUGCAGUCACUCGAGUCACACAUUCGUCAGAGCGAGCUGUGUGCGCGCGACACGGUCACCCAGAUCCGCAGCCGGCGCCGCCAGCAGCUCAGGACCAUGCAGGACCUCGGUGUGGUGGACCCGAGCCUGGCGGUAGACGCGGCCGCCGGGCACCGAUCCGCAGCUACCACCCCUACCGGCGCCGGCGAGGGUGGCACCGGAGAGUGGGACGAGUCGGUAACACUGCGCCGACCGCGCUCACUGCACUCGCCGUCUCUGACGCGACGGAGGACACCGCUGCGCUUCAUCAGUAACCUGGGGAGGAGGCAGCGCCGCUCGGGCUCGGAGUGGGAGGAGCCGGCGCCGCAGGAGCGGCCCGCAGGGACCGGCUCCCCGCUGCGCUCCCAGAUCAGCCCGGCGGCGCUGCAGGAGAUCAGCAGGUUCGAGAGGAUGAUGGAGGACUACCUGCACCAGCACCAGCAGCGGCACCACCAGCUGACGGCGGCCCCGCUCCGCCGGCGAGCGGCGCCGCCGAUCGCGCGGCAGUGUCUGUAACGGCGGCGCUUCAACAAUGCGACGGUGUAUUAAUUUGUAU